CUCCUCCUUCUUUUCUUCCUCUUCCUCUUCCCACCCUCGUAGCUUCUCUCUGGCUACAACCCCCACGUUUCCUUGAUUCAUCUUCCUUCAGUUUAGUUUUACUUCAUGAUUAAUCAUUCCUCCUAGCCAGUUACAUCGUGUGUGACUUGGACUCCCUCGAGUGCCGUGCACCUUGACCUCAACCCCCAAUUCAACAAUCCAGCAAUCUCACUCUCCCUUUCUGCUAAAACAUGGCCCCCACCACCGAAGAACUCUCCCUAGAGAGCAUCCCCAAGCUCCGCGGCAUGGCCAAUUACCAAGACUGGCUGUGCACACUGCAGACGGUCCUCAACUCCAAAGACCGCGCAUACUGGGGCAUCCUCAGCGGCGAGUACCAGUGCCCGGACAAGCCCUCUUCCUGGGGAGCGAAAGUGCCGACCCCACGGGAGGCGUUUUCCCCGGCCUCCAGCGUCUUCGGAUGGAAGUAUACCCCGGACCGAGUCAGCAGGGAGACAAGCUGGGACAACAAUGAAUAUGAGUGGAACGCACCCUUCAAGAACCACUUCGACGCAUCCGUCUCCGAAUGGAAGACCAUGAACAUUUUCCUCAUCGGCUUGCUCCACUCUGUCGUCGACGAGAGCCACGAGUCGCGCAUCCUGGGCCUCCGCAACGCCCCCGACAUUUUCCACGUCCUGAAGUCCCACUACGAGCAGGAGCGUGCGGCCGUUAUUCUCCAGUUGUACCAGAAGUUGACGUCCCUGCGUUGCUCUACCGGGGACAAUCGGUACGAUUUCCUGGUGAAGUGGCGCCGCACUCUCGCUGAUUUGAAGACUCUCGUCGACGUGCCCGAGUGGUUGGAAUAUAACGCUUUCGUCACCUCCCUUCAGGGCUGCGCUUCGAAUGUGGCUUUGCUGGCUCCGAAUAAUCACAACUACUUGACUGCCAAUAUGAUGGAGGUUUACUCCGCGUUUGAGCACCUUGCGCUCGCUGAAGAGAAGGCUCCAUCUGUCGCCGGAUGGGUCAGUCCCGUCUCGAACCGUGGAUGGGGCAGUCCUAUCCCGGCCCCUGCAGAGAAGGAUUGGUAG